GUGGCGGUGGUGAGGGUUUGUGAUGGGUGAAGGGUGGCAGUUCAAAGGUUACAGUUUUGUUGUCUUUGUGUAAAGGAGUGGAGCUCGAUCUCGCAUCACUCUUCCCUCUUCCCCGAGUCCUUUUUAAACUCUCCCCCGGGUUUUUACCCUCCCGAACCUCUCCCCUUCUACCCUUACAACCCCAACCCUCCCCCCGGUCAGCCAGCAGCGCUCAAACAAGAUCCACCUCUGUGACCAAAGACCCCCAGUUCUGUACGGACCACUACUGUUGCAGUCAUGGACUCCGGAGUGAUUGAAGGCGGACUCAAUGUCACCCUUACCAUAAGGCUGCUCAUGCACGGCAAGGAGGUUGGAAGCAUAAUCGGAAAGAAAGGUGAAUCUGUGAAGAAGAUGAGAGAAGAGAGUGGCGCUCGAAUCAACAUCUCCGAAGGCAAUUGCCCUGAACGGAUCAUCACUUUGGCAGGCCCGACGACGGCCAUCUUUAAAGCGUUCUCCAUGAUCAUAGAGAAGCUGGAAGAGGAUAUCAGCAGCUCAAUGACGAACAGCACAGCCACCAGCAAGCCCCCAGUGACCCUACGCAUCGUAGUGCCUGCCAGCCAGUGUGGCUCACUCAUUGGGAAAGGUGGCUGCAAGAUCAAGGAAAUUCGAGAGUCUACCGGUGCUCAGGUACAAGUGGCAGGAGACAUGCUUCCCAACUCCACAGAGCGUGCCAUCACCAUCGCUGGAACUCCACAGUCGAUAAUUGAGUGCGUUAAGCAGAUCUGCGUGGUCAUGCUUGAGUCUCCCCCUAAGGGGGUCACCAUCCCCUACCGACCCAAGCCUUCGGGAUCACCCGUCAUCUUUGCAGGCGGACAGGCCUAUGCUGUACAAGGACAGCACGCGAUCCCACAGCCAGAUUCUUCCUCUGCUGCUAUUUCUCCACAGCUCACCAAGCUUCACCAGCUGGCUAUGCAGCAGAGCCCGUUCCCUAUUGCACCAGGCAACCAGGGAUUCACUGGGAUAGAUGCUUCUGCUCAGACCAGUUCCCAUGAGAUGACCAUUCCUAACGAUCUGAUCGGAUGCAUCAUUGGCCGCCAAGGAGCCAAGAUCAACGAGAUCCGGCAAAUGUCCGGCGCCCAGAUCAAGAUCGCAAAUCCGGUGGACGGAUCGACCGACCGGCAGGUGACCAUCACAGGCUCGCCGGCCAGCAUCAGCCUGGCGGAGUACCUCAUCAAUGCAAGUGUAGAGUCCUCUAAACCUCCUCCCUCCUCCUCCUCCUCCUCCUUGAACCCUGAACAGACCAGCUUGUGCCCUCCUUCCACCUCUACUACUACUACCACUACUACUACUACUACUACUACCACCACCACCUCCUCUGCCGCUACCUCCUCCUUCUCCUCUUCCUCCUCCUCUUCUUCCUCUUCCUCCUGUGUGGCGCCCCCUACAGCCUCCAUCCCUCUGUCCUUGUUGGCUCCAGGGCCACCUCCUUCCUCUUCCUCCUCCUCCUCUUCCUCCUCCACCGACUCCCUGCUCCCAAGCUCCCCCGCCUGUGUGUCCAGCCUCCUCAGUCUCAAGCCCCUGCCUCUCCUGGCCCUCCACGUUGUCAGUGGGGCCAGUAACGCCCCACACCCGAUCCCCGCUGAGCCCAAAGUUGCCUCUGAGCUGGGCUCCAAGUCCAAAAGGCGAAGGCUCUCCCCUUACUAAUGAAGGAAACAUAAGUCAUGUCCUCCUGAAGUGCUGACAGUGCUCUUUGUCGUCUGCACCUGCACCUGCUUUUGUAUCUGGCUGCGCCAUUUGCCUCGCUUACAGCACAAAGCAGCCCCCCUGUUACAAAGCCAGAGGUGGUUAACGCCAUAUUUAUAAAACAAAUAUCUGUAGCUUGACUCUACCUGUCUCUUUAAAAUGUGACACGUCGGGUGCGUUAUAUUUUUAAAGGACUUUGAAAUUAGCAUGGACAGGGAAUAAUUUAACCGAAUCUCUCUCUCUCUCUCUCUUUGUGUAAGCUCUGCUCAGGUAGCGGCUCCUUUUAAGAUGUCACGUUCUACUUGUGGGAUUAGUUUACUCUUAGUUAUUUUUAAAGUGACUGUUCUUAGUUUACAUAAAGGGUUGUCUCGUUGUAAAUCGUUCGCUAACGUAAGGAAAGAGAAACAAAAGCGAUUUUUAAAUCAAAGUAGAUCCUCCCUCAGGUAUCAAAGCCACAUAGUCAUGCUUUCGGUUUUGUUGAUAUUAAAAAUCGAAAAAAAUCUAAUAAUUAGACACCAAAACGACGUUGGGUAGUCCCCCUCCCAUUUCAAGAAGGGCAAAGAUGAACAAAAGCGUCCUACCUCCGGGACUUUAAAGCUUCGGCGUUUAGCUCACAAUGGAGUCCAAUGGGAGUCCCGCUCAAAGCCUUUUUGAUUGGCUGCUGUGAAAAGUUGUCGAUAUGGACUUGUACGAGAAUAAGCUGUGGCCUUUUACCUCGGCUUCUUCGUGCUCUUAAAAAGACUUAUCUCAAUUUUCAGACAUUAAAGGGGACGUGUCAUGCCUUUAAAUCCUUCCUUUUCACAUUUACAUCAUUAAGGUAUGGUCUGUAUCAAGUGGAACUGCAACAUUUUUGGUCUGAAUUCCUCGUCAUCAGCCCCCGUUCCGUCGAAAGCCCGAGGAUUUGGUUUCCCGGGGUAAAUGAAAGCGUGGUGCUUUUAAGUAGAUGCAUUUCCAUUGCAGCGGGUCAUUUAUUUAAAUCAACGUAAUGACGAAUGGGGAGGUUGUGCAGAAGGCUGCUGUUCACCUUCAGUCCAGUGGGUGGCAGUAAUGAGAAACCAUAGGCCAUUUUCUUUCUUUUACCUCUGAGGCGCGUCUGAGAGCAACUUGUUUUGGUUGCGGUCUUAAAUCUAAAUGAGGAACUUCACACCCCGCCUCCCCUUCCAGGUCGCAGAGCGUUCCACUCCACCCCUUUCGGCCAUUUUUGUUGUAUGCUGCGGCACGGCGUAAUGAAUUAUGUGGGCUAAUGCAUCCAACAACUGAACAUUUUCACUUAUCCACUCGUAGCUUCAUCAUCCUCAAACUUGGACCACAUAUUGGCAGCAAAAGUGAAAUUGUUUAGCCAUACGUCCAUGCCCUCGUUUAGCCGCACCGUAGCAAGUAUUGCGACAUAAUUGUUCAAAACGUGUUCUAGAAAACCGAACAGCUUGAAAAAUGUGACCCCAAAAAGAAUAGAAAGAUAUCUGCGCUGCUCCUGGAGAGACUACGUUCACAUUUUCUGCACUCUUAGAGACUCCAAGUACACAAGAAAUGUAUUUAAGGGCUAAAAAAAAGUAUAUUUUGCAUGAUACAUCCCCUUUAGAAAGCUUUAAAUAUGCCCAUGUUUUCCCUUUAUUGAAAAAUAUAUCUGGACCUGUCCUAAAAGUUGGUGAGCAAUUAGAGGGUUUGCUAUAACGCCCAAAAGGCUUUUCAAUUGAUUAUUCAGGAGGGUAGAAAUAGUUAUCAGCAUGGCAUUUUUUUGUUUGUUAAAAUGUAAAUAAAUACAAAUAUAUAUAAAAAAAAAAAUGUUACCCCUUGGAACAAUAUCGUCUGUUUGUGAAAUGCUUGUCUUUUCUGAUCAGAAAGCAAACUUCCUGGUUAAAUGAAUAUGACAUCAGAUUUAAGUUCCCCAGGGGUAUGAAAACCUAUGAGCCUAGCUGUCAAUCCUAUUUAACUUUUUAAAUUCUGUUAGU